UUGGUGCUUUCCUGCCCACUUGCCUAUGGUUGCUGUGGGUGGACGCAGUGAUCAAUGUGACCAUGAGGAGAGAGAAGACACCAAUGACACCCAGUCCUGGUAUUUCCUCCAAGCUGAAGAGUGAGGGACAGGUGAACUUUGAGGACGUGUUUGUGUACUUCUCCCAGGACGAGUGGCAGCUCCUGGAUGAGGCUCAGAGGCUCCUGUACCGUGAUGUGAUGCUGGAGAACUUUGUACUUAUGGCCUCACUGGGACAGGCAUCUUCCAUGUCUCAUGUAAUUGCCUCACUGGAGCAGGGCAGUGAGCCCUGGGUACCUGAUUGGGUGGACGUGACUCCAGCCAUUGCCAGAGGGACUCUAGGUGAGAGUGGUCCUGGUUGUCAUGGAAUGGAGUAUGAGGAGAUACCUUUUGAGCAGAGCAUUUCUAGAGAAGGAUGGUCACAGAUGAGGACUCCCAAGGAAGGCUUUUCUGCCAAGAAGGUUCACACCUGUGAGACAUGUGGCCUGGUCUUGAAGGACAUUUUGCACUUGGCUGAGCAUCAGGAGACAUACCCUGGGCAGAAACCGUAUAAGUGUGUGGCGUGUGGGAAACAGUUCUGGUUCAGUACAAACCUUCACCAGCACCAGAAGCAGCACAGUGGAGAGAGACAUUUCAGAAGAGGUGACAGCAGGGCCUUUAGUGUUAACAGCUGCCCUGUCCAACCAUCAGAGAUGCCUUUUAUGACAGGGGAGGGCUGUAAGGACUUCUCAACCAGCUCAAGCUUUUUCCAGCACCAUGCGCCUCACAGUGAGUGGAAGCCACACGGUAAUACCAAGGGUGAGGAGGCCUUUCACAGUGGACAAAGACAUUACAAGUGCAGUGAAUGUGGGAAAGCCUUUAGCCGCAAAGACUCACUUGUUCAGCACCAGAGAGUCCACACUGGAGAAAGGCCUUAUGAGUGUGGUGAAUGUGGGAAAACCUUUAGCCGCAAACCUAUACUUGCUCAGCAUCAGAGAAUCCACACUGGAGAAAUGCCUUAUGAGUGUGGCAUAUGUGGGAAAGUUUUUAACCAUAGCUCUAACCUUAUCGUACACCAGAGAGUACACACUGGAGCAAGGCCUUACAAGUGCAGUGAAUGUGGGAAAGCCUACAGCCACAAAUCCACACUCGUUCAGCAUGAGAGUAUUCACACUGGAGAAAGGCCUUAUGAGUGCAGUGAAUGUGGGAAAUACUUUGGUCACAAAUACAGACUCAUUAAACACUGGAGCGUUCACACUGGAGCAAGACCUUAUGAGUGCAUUGCAUGUGGGAAGUUCUUUAGCCAAAGCUCUGACCUCAUUGCACACCAAAGGGUUCAUAAUGGUGAAAAGCCUUACGUGUGCAGCGAAUGUGGAAAAGCCUUUAGCCACAAACAUGUACUUGUUCAACACCAUAGAAUUCACACAGGAGAAAGGCCAUAUAAGUGCAGUGAAUGCGGAAAGGCCUUCAGGCAAAGGGCUUCCCUCAUCCGCCAUUGGAAAAUUCACAGUGGAGAAAGGUCUUAGCAUAGGAAAUAUGCCAUCUCCUUGUUCAACACGACUCACACCACAGAGAAGCUUCAAGAGUAGCUGUGUGUAGCCAUCAGCCAGAAGUUGAACUUCAUACAUUCGAACAUGUACCCUGAGGAGAUUCUUCUGAAUGCCAGCUAUGUGGGAAGCAUUCUGGGGCUGUGUUGCACUUUCUAAACUGCCCAGGACCCUUGACGGAGUUAUAUCACUGCCAGUGCCUCUGACAGAAGCCAUCUAUCUUUGCACUGUUCGAGUCCUGCACGUGUAUAAGUCACCUCAGCAUGCUUCACAAGGCAGAUCUCUGUACUUGUCCUUCCCUUGCAGGGAUUGUCAGUAGUCUGAGCCCAUU